AAGUGUCUUGUCUUGUUUGUUUCCAUUUGAUCCAUGGAGUAAUCUAUCAAUGGGUAUGUGGCAACCCUACUAUCGUCAAGCUCUGAACUUGACCAAAACGAGCAUUCUAGGGCACACUGUAGCCGUCCAGCACAAAAUCCAAGCCAGAUUUCCCCCGCUAUUUAGCUUGAAAAUUGACCCCAAAAACGAGCAUCAAAGGCACUUGCACCUCCACUGCCACCAGCUCAUGCACACAAUGGGAUCUAUUAACUGCAAGGAGUACAACACAACAGGAAAUGUCACGCCCAAAAAGGAACAAUCGACAGGUGGCGCCGUGGGUUCCUAUCAGUCCAAGUGCACCAGCAGCAGUAGCAUCAGCAAAGAUACAAAUAUGCCAGCCAUUCAGAUACCAGAUAUCGUCGAUUAUACGGACCCCGUGGCCGUGUGCAAUGCGGCCGACCUGAAGGAGAACGAGAUGAAGCAGGUGGACUUCGACGAAGACACGCGCGUUCUUCUGGUCAAACAAAACGGUCGCCUGCAGGCGGUCGGCGCCAAGUGCACCCAUUACGGGGCUCCGCUGAACACUGGCGCCCUCGGUCAGGGCCGUGUGCGCUGCCCCUGGCAUGGGGCCUGCUUCGACCUGGAGACGGGCGACAUUGAGGACUUUCCCGGCCUUGACUCGCUGCCCUGCUUCAACGUGGAGGUUAGCUCCGAGGGAAAGGUGAUGCUGCGGGCUAAGCGGUCCGAUCUGGCGAAGAGUAAGCGGGUUAAGAACAUGGUCGCGCGCAAGCCGGAAGAUCAGCGCUGCUUCAUUGUGGUUGGCGGCGGACCCUCGGGUGCCGUUUGCGUGGAAACGCUGCGUCAAGAGGGCUUCACCGGCCGCCUGAUUCUCGUGAGCCGCGAGAACUACUUGCCCUACGAUCGCAUCAAGAUCUCCAAGGCCAUGAACCUAGACAUCGAGCAGCUGAGGUUCCGCGAUGAGGAGUUCUACAAGCAGCACGACAUCGAGGUGUGGCUCGGCGUCGGAGCGAGCAAGCUGGACACGGCUCAGAAGGAGCUGCACUGCACAAAUGGCUAUGUGGUGAAGUACGAUAAGAUCUACAUUGCCACUGGCUGCUCCUCCUUUAAGCCCCCUAUUCCGGGCGUUAAUCUGAAUAACGUGAAGACCAUCCGUGAGCUGGACGACACAAAGAGCAUCAUCGCAGCGGUCACCGAGGAGACUCGCGUUGUAUGUCUAGGUGCCAGCUUCAUUGCCUUGGAGGCGGCCGCUGCGCUCGUCUCGAAGGUGGCUAGCGUGACCGUGGUGGGGCGUGACAAAGUGCCGCUAAAGGCUGCCUUCGGAGAGCAGAUAGGACAGCGGGUGGCCCAGCUUUUCGAGGAUAACAAAGUUACCAUGCGUAUGGAGAGCGGUAUUACCGAGAUCAUUGGCGAUGACGAUGGCAAGGUGGUGGAGGUGCAGCUGGCAGACGAGUCGCGUAUACCGUGCGAUCUCCUCAUCUUGGGCACCGGCUCCACGCUCAACACCCAGUUUCUGGCCAAGUCCGGCGUGCGCAUAAAUAGAAAUGGCUCUGUGGACGUCACCGACUUCCUGGAGUCGAAUGUUCCCGAUGUAUAUGUGGGUGGCGACAUUGCCAAUGCUCACAUCCAUGGGCUGGCCCACGAUCGCGUUAACAUUGGCCAUUACCAGCUGGCACAGUACCAUGGACGCAUCGCUGCCAUUAACAUGUGCGGCUCCGUGAAGAAGCUGGAGGCCGUUCCUUUCUUCUUCACCAUGAUAUUUGGCAAAGGCUUCCGCUACGCCGGCCACGGCUCCUACAAGGAGGUCAUCAUCGACGGCAGUCUCGAGGAUCUCAAGUUCGUGGCCUACUUCGUCAACGAGGCCGAUACGGUUACGGCUGUGGCGUCAGUUGGCCGCGAUCCCAUUGUGGCUCAGUUCUCUGAGCUGAUAUCGCAGGGCAAGUGCCUGGGUCGCGGCCACAUCGAGAAUGUCGAGAACCGUGAGGCCUGGACGGCCAAGCUCCUGGAGCCGCUGCCUCUGGUGCGCUAGAGGUAAAGCAGAUAGAAACAGGUCUCAGCGCCUAAAAGCUCUCUGGAGUUCUCCGCUGGCCUCUGCCGGUACCUGUGGCAUGCAACUGCAAGCUACAAGAGAUUUGUCUUUAUAUUUUCUAUGCAAUCGUUGAUGUAUUCAGUAUGUCUUUACAUACAUACGUACACACAUAUGUAUGUUCUGGAGUUACGCCUAAUUUGUUGAGUUUUGUACACUACCGCCCAUUGGCUGGGCCCAGGAUCAAUCAGAUCACUCUUGCCUUGCUUGAUCAAAGCGAACAUGUACCCACCAGUGUCAGUGUAGAUUCAUAUACAUAUUUUAAUAUCCACCCCAUUUGCUACUCGUAAACACCGGCACCCACUGUAACCCAAUCUACCUGAUGUAAGUUCGAAUUUGAAAUUCCAAAAUGAAAGUAUUAAAUGCAA